UCUUUUUCCCUCUUCACAAGUCGCCGUUCCACCGGGUUGCAUACGUGUAAACGUACACGCCGGCAUGCGGAAUGGCCGGGCGCGCACAUGACGCCGGCGAUCAUCCGAUAUUACGUCAUCGUCGCCCUCUCGCCUGGUCUCGCGGGUAGCGCCCGCUCUAUCGGCCCGCUCGGCUCGCUCGGAUCACACGCGCGUCCGCGUUCGCUCAUACGUGUUCGUUUACGACGAUAAGACGGACGCGACACGGAGUUGCGCGGUGUCGCGAGUGUUGAUAAGCGAUAAUCGAGGAGCGCCGCGAAUUACGUCCGGACCUCUCCUCCGGCGGCGAUCGAAUCGCGUGCGCGCGCCUACGCGAUAAAUCACUUUAAUCGCGGGACGAGAUCGCGGCGUGCACGUUUUAUCCACCUCGACGGAGAGCGCUUGGUGCACGCGAUCGUGAAAUAUCGCUAUUUAGAGCACGUCGCGUCGCUUGACGCCUGACAAAUUUUGAAGAUCGCCCUCUCCUCCCCCUUGUGCGCGCGGUCGCACGAAUCCACGUUGAAUCCAAGCUGCAUGGCAACGCCGUUGCAAACGUAAAAAGAUGUCCAGAAAGCGUACCAGAGAGGAAACUAUGCUUGCCGCUGUGUCUCAUCAGAAUAGCAUUAAUGGAGAAAGCGCGUCCUGCUCCAAAGAGCAUUCUCCAAUUCAUGCUAAUUAUAAUGGAGGUAGCAGUGCGAAUUUGAUGUUCCUAAAGGAUUUUAAAUCAAUCGAUCAAAUUUCUGUUUAUCAGGAAAGACUCCCAUCAAUCUGUAAAGAAGCACCUUUCAGCGAUGACCCAGAAGCUAUCGCAGAGAGAAAUGCAUGCGAUUAUAACACACGAAUUACUUUAAAACAAGCAAGAAGUGGUAAAGUUCCUAGAAAAAUUAGAGUUUAUGCCGAUGGUAUUUACGAUCUUUUUCAUCAAGGACAUGCACGGCAACUUUUACAAGCUAAGAAUAUUUUUCCAAACGUUUAUCUUAUUGUUGGAGUGUGUAACGAUGAGUUAACACAUAGUAAAAAAGGAAGGACUGUAAUGACAGAUUUAGAGAGGUACGAUGCAGUUAGGCAUUGUAGAUACGUAGAUGAAGUCGUUCGAGAUGCACCUUGGGAACUUGAUGAUGAUUUUAUGAAAAGACACAAGAUUGACUUUGUUGCUCACGACGAUAUACCAUACAUGACAGAUGAUGGAUCAGAUGUUUAUGCUAAAUUUAAAGCCAAAGGCAUGUUCGUAGCCACGCAGAGGACAGAAGGUGUUUCCACGUCAGACAUAGUCGCAAGAAUAGUCAAAGAUUAUGACAUAUAUGUCAGGAGAAAUCUCGCACGUGGCUACAGUGCAAAAGAACUUAAUGUAUCUUUUCUUAAUGAGAAAAAAUUCCGCCUACAAAACAAGUUUGAUGACCUAAAAGAUAAGGGGAAACGAGUAAUGGAAAAUAUUGGUGAGAAACGAAUGGAUAUGAUAAGUAAGUGGGAAGAGAAAUCUCGAGAUUUUAUUGAUGCUUUCCUGUUGCUCUUUGGAAGGGAAGGCAGAUUGUCGACUAUUUGGAACGAAGGUAAAGGCCGAUUAAUGCAAGCAUUAUCUCCACCAGCAAGUCCAAAAAGAGACGGUAGCCCAAACAGUAGUAACAGCAGCCACAAUGAUGAAGAUCAGACGAGUCCCCCACCAAAGAAAACAGGACGUUAUGAAUUUCCACAGAAUAAUCAUUAUUUAAGUGAUGAUUAUAGCGAUGAUGAAGAAGAAAAUUUACACUCCAAAUGAUAACUAAUUAUAAACGGCAUAUAUCUCUCUGACCAAAUCGAUCGUGCAAUUUUUAUUUAUUACCUUGAAAGUUUAGAUGUAUUUUCAUACUACACAAACUGCUAAUACAGAGUGUAACAUUAUGCUUAAUAGAUUUUGUAUGGUACAAGCUAGCACUAUACAUUAAACAAAAUUGCUUGUCGUGAU